CUUCUAAAACUCUCUUUUUGUCUCAUCUAAAGCAAAGAACCAUAUAUAAAAAGAACAAAUCUGGGGAAUAUUUAAACUUUUCUCUUACUCUUCUGGUUUAGGUCUAGUCUAAACCAGCUUAGCCCAAAGCAGAAAUGGAAGCAUAUUAAAACCUCUGACUUCAGCAUGCUCAAUCAAUACUUCAGGAAGAACUAUAUUAAGGCUAAGAAGCAAGCUGAUAGAUUUGAAGAGCUUCAACAGUGACAGACAGUUUGGAAAGACAAUAAACGGCUGUUUAGUAACUUGAAAAAUUGUAAAGGUCAGCUUUUUAAAGAGAGGAGAUGACAUAAGAAGGCUGGAGGCAUGAAAAGUUUAAAGAAAAAAGCGCUUAAAAAGACUACUUCUGAUUGCAUCAUUACUGGGAAAGGGAAAGUCAGGACCACAAACCGAAGUUUUGCCAGCUUUGCUAGUUUUCAGCACCAAAACUUCUCUGCAAGAGGGUACGAAUCUGGUAAAGAUGCUCAUCUAAAGUUCCAGAGAAGCUUUGAUUCAUUCUCUUCUGAGCCAUACUCAAAUAGACUUGAGAAUAGUCUGGAUAGGAGCAUGACUAGUCUCCAAAGAGAUAAAAUUAAAUAAAAUUGAUAAAGAAAACCAAAGGAUAUUAAAGUCUUUGAGGAAUAUCAAACCUACUAUUUGUAUCAAGAAUAUUAAAUAGCUUUAAAAGCCUCAAGAAUUUAAAGAACACUCAAAAGACAAAAUUGAAGUCAAAUACUAAACCGAGGUCUAAAAAGAGAAAAAAAUUAAUAACAAACUUGAACCUUCCUGAUAUUAACCUGCACAUACCUUGCUAUAAAAGAAAUGAUUUUAGGGUAAAACAAUUCAACUCUGUCAAGAAUAGCAACUUCUUAGCCUUAAUAAAGAAUAAUGCUCCUUCCUGGUAUUCUUCAUUUGAGAGGCAAGGUAAUGCAAGAAGAAUAUUAUUCGAAGACAGAUUGUAUAAAGCUCUCCAGAAACAAGAAGAGACGAUUACUCAUAAUAUCAAGGCCUAUCUCGACAGGAAGCCAGCAGUUAUACCCGAGGUAGCCUUUACCGAUGCCAGUACAAAAUCAAAUUCUUCUUUGAGUAACUACAAAAAACAAAAGAUUUCCCAAUGGCAUCACCUCCUUGUCAUCACUGAAGAGAAGGCUCCUCUUCUCAAGAAACUUAAUCACAAGAAGGGGGUUCUGAAACCUGCCAAAGGGUCUAAAAACAACAUCUAAAUUCAA